AACUCCCUUUUUGUCUCUACUGCAGAUGCAUUAAUUGUAACAAGAAUAAACAAAGGUUCUGAAGAAGUACAACCUAAGAUACAUGACAGUUGGUAUAUCGAUAUGUAUAGAGAGAGAUAUGUUCAAGAAAUGGUAUUUUCAGAUGAUUAUCUGUUGCAACAAUUAAAAGAAAAACUAAAAAGAAUUCAACAAAUACUUGAAGAAUGA